AUGUCUCUUCUGUUUUUAGGAGUAGAUAUGUUACUCCAACCAGCCCUUUUUUGUUUCUCUUUCUUCUAUCUAUCUAUCUAUCUAUCUAUCUAUCUAAUAUUAAAAUUUCUUUCCACCUCUCUCUUUCCGUCUUUCUCCAUUUUCACCUCUCUCUCACUCUUUCCAUCUUUCUCUCUUUCCACCUCUCUCUUUCCAUCUUUCUCUUUUUUCACUUUUCUCUCUCCAUGUCUCUGUGAUUGCUCUCAUUAUACUAUCGAUCUAUCUAUCUAUCUAUCUAUCUAUCUAUCUAUCUAUCUAUCUAUCUCUGAUUAUAUUUAUCUAGCUAUCUAUCUAUUUCGAUAUGAUAAUAUCUAUCUAUCUAUCUAUCUAUCUAUCUAUCUAUCUAUCUAUCUCGGUCUGUUAAUAUCUAUCUAUUUGUCUCGUAUGAUUAUACAAUCUAUCUAUCUAUCUAUCUAUCUAUCUAUCUAUCUAUCUAUCUAUCUAUCUCGCAAGGCCAUAAAUUAUUUUAUCAUUAUCUAUCUAUCUACCUAA